UGCAAACAGGAAGUGUGGCGGAGUUCCCGGGGCACGGCUUGCGAGCGCUAUGGAGGCCUACGAGCAGGUCCAGAAGGGUCCCCUGAAGCUGAAAGGCGUGGCAGAGCUCGGCGUGACAAAGCGGAAGAAGAAGAAGAAAGACAAAGACAAGGCCAAGAUGCUGGAGGCCAUGGGGACGAGCAAGAAGAGCGAGGAGGAGAAGAGGCGCUGCCUGGACAAGCGCACGCCGGCGCAGGCAGCCUUCGAAAAGAUGCAGGAGAAGCGGCAAAUGGAAAGAAUUCUGAAGAAGGCAUCAAAAACCCACAAACAGAGAGUGGAGGACUUCAACCGACACCUGGACACACUCACUGAGCACUAUGACAUUCCCAAAGUCAGCUGGACCAAGUAACCUGCUCCUGGUGCAAAAGGCAGAAGCCAGGUUGACGGUGUUUUGUCCCUCCGUGUUUUCUAGAAUGUUUUACACCUGGCUGGUGCAUCUGCUGAGACUAGGUUUUCUGAGCCUUGAUUAAAGUCAGGGUGUUCUUUCACUGGGUUUUGGUUUUGGGGUAGUUCCCUUUCCUGUUUGGACAGCAACAUUGUAGAUUGACAUGCUGAGGUCAUUUCUGGGUGAAGGCCAUGGAAGGAUGGCCCCCUUCCCACCCCCAUUGCAGCAUCUGUCUUCACUUACACCACAGUGCCAGGACAGAGGCUCAUGUGGGCCACCACAGAUGUUCCCACAGUGAGGCUCCAUUUUGGGCCACCUGGACAUCAGAUUGCAUCUGCAACACCACCUGAAGCAAGAGUGGGACACAGGACACAGGUCUCCAGCACAUAGCCUGUCCCACAGUCCACCCAGUGGACUGNNAUGGCAGAUGUUGCUAAUCUCAGUUCUCAGUGAUGGCACCUGGAUUUUUAAGUAUGUGGCAUGUGGCAUAAGCCUGGUUGGCAUUCCUGGUCUAAGAAUACCAAAUGCUAGAUGUGGCCCAGGCAAAGUGCCAGUAGACAUGGUAUAGUGGUGCAGAUGCUGCAGAGCUGUGGCAUCUGAGGGACUAAGGGGACCACUUGAAGAGUUUCUGCACACACUGUUGAGAGAUGCAGCUUCUUUGGCCAUAGAUACGGAAAGAAUGACAAAUUAGUGGAGCUGACAUGUCUGGAAUAAAGUGAAUACCAGUUAUGGAGUGUGAAUGUUGUCUGUACUGGCUGUCCUUCACAGGGGCACCUUUUCAUUCUGCCCAUGUCCCUGAAGAAUGAAGAAUGCACUCCAGCUCGGGUUGUGAGACUUGGCUGCAAGUGAUUUUACCCACUGAGCUAUGUCACAGUCCAAGUGAACUGUGUUCACACCUGAGGGAGAUGGUGUGUGCAUACCUUGUGUCAAGUGUUUAGGACCAUUGUGGAUUUGGGAAUUUUUCCAGACUUGGGGAAUGGGGAACACAAUGAUUUUUGUAAUAUGUAAUGAGGUGUUGCAGUGACUGUCACAGGUUUGCAUACAUUUGAUUUGCUCCUAUGCACAUAGCAUAAAGUCAUAUUAAUUUUUUUUCUGUCUUUGAACAUAGUGUACAAAAUACACAGUCUUUUUAAAGAA